GCAACCAAUCAGACAUUCCCACGACAAAUUCUCGAUUUAUAUUCGGCGUGUCAAUGAAUUCCAGUCAGUUUUUGCAGUUAAAGAAGUGAACAGAGUGUGUAAAGUGUCUUGUGUUGAGAAAGUACAAAAGUAUUGUAUUUUUUAAUUAAUUAACUGGUAGAACAAGUAAAGAGAUGAAGUUGCAUCUAGCGUUGGGGGCACUUUGCCUCGUCUUAACCGUAUGGGCAAAAGAUGACAAAAAAGAGAAGGAAGACGUGGGCACAGUUAUUGGGAUUGAUUUAGGAACCACGUAUUCAUGUGUCGGUGUGUACAAAAACGGUCGCGUUGAAAUUAUCGCCAACGAUCAAGGCAACCGAAUUACCCCCUCGUAUGUGGCCUUCACUGCCGACGGUGAACGUCUUAUCGGUGACGCCGCCAAGAAUCAGCUCACUACCAAUCCCGAAAAUACGAUUUUCGAUGCUAAGCGCCUUAUUGGUCGCGAUUGGAGUGAGCAAAGUGUCCAAAACGACAUUAAAUUCUUUCCGUUUAAAGUCAUUGAAAAGAAUUCAAAACCACACAUUGCCGUCGAGACCAGUCAAGGAAAUAAAGUCUUUGCACCGGAGGAGAUCUCAGCCAUGGUUUUGGGCAAAAUGAAAGAGACUGCUGAGGCUUACUUGGGCAAGAAGGUCACCCAUGCUGUUGUAACAGUUCCGGCUUAUUUCAAUGAUGCUCAAAGACAGGCUACAAAGGAUGCUGGGACUAUCGCUGGGUUGGUUGUUAUGAGGAUUAUUAAUGAGCCCACAGCUGCGGCGAUUGCCUACGGUUUGGAUAAGAAAGAUGGGGAGAAGAAUGUUUUGGUGUUUGAUUUGGGUGGUGGUACUUUUGAUGUUUCGCUUUUGACCAUCGACAAUGGAGUGUUCGAAGUCGUGGCUACCAAUGGAGAUACUCAUCUCGGCGGUGAAGAUUUCGAUCAAAGAGUUAUGGACCACUUUAUUAAAUUGUAUAAGAAGAAGAAGGGUAAAGACAUCAGGAAGGACAAUCGUGCUGUACAAAAAUUGAGACGUGAAGUCGAAAAGGCGAAACGAGCUUUGUCUUCGGCACAUCAAGUCAGGAUCGAAAUUGAAUCCUUCUUCGAGGGUGACGAUUUCUCUGAAACUCUAACUCGAGCCAAGUUUGAGGAAUUGAACAUGGAUUUGUUUAGGUCGACCAUGAAGCCGGUCCAAAAGGUCCUCGAAGAUGCCGAUAUGAAUAAAAAAGAUGUUGAUGAAAUUGUCUUAGUUGGUGGUUCAACUCGUAUUCCUAAAGUACAACAGUUGGUCAAGGAAUUUUUCGGUGGUAAAGAACCCUCACGUGGAAUCAACCCUGAUGAAGCUGUUGCUUACGGAGCCGCCGUUCAAGCUGGUGUCUUGUCCGGUGAACAAGAUACCGAUGCUAUUGUUCUUCUUGAUGUUAAUCCUUUGACCAUGGGUAUUGAAACUGUGGGAGGAGUCAUGACAAAAUUGAUCCCACGUAAUACAGUAAUCCCAACGAAAAAAUCCCAGGUCUUUUCAACCGCAUCCGAUAACCAACAUACUGUCACAAUUCAAGUUUAUGAAGGUGAACGUCCGAUGACCAAAGACAAUCACUUGUUGGGUAAAUUCGACUUGACUGGAAUCCCCCCAGCACCACGUGGUGUCCCUCAGAUCGAAGUCACUUUUGAGAUUGACGCUAACGGAAUUUUGCAAGUUUCUGCCGAAGAUAAAGGAACCGGAAAUCGGGAAAAGAUCGUUAUUACAAAUGACCAGAAUCGACUGACACCUGAAGAUAUCGACCGAAUGAUUAGAGAUGCGGAGAAAUUCGCCGAUGAUGAUAAGAAAUUGAAGGAGAGAGUCGAAGCGAGGAACGAAUUGGAGAGUUAUGCCUAUUCGUUAAAGAAUCAACUGAAUGAUAAAGAUAAGUUGGGGUCGAAGGUUUCGAGUGACGAGAAAACGAAGAUGGAAGAAGCGAUUGAUGAGAAGAUCAAAUGGUUGGAAGAAAAUCAAGAUACCGAAGCUGAAGAGUACAAGAAACAGAAAAAAGAAUUGGAAGAUGUUGUACAACCGAUCAUUGCGAAAUUGUAUCAGGGAGCUGGUGGGGCACCUCCACCGACUAGUGAAGAUGAUGAUGAUCUUAAAGAUGAGCUGUGAGGUGCAAGACUGAAUUUAAUUACAUUUCUAGCCCAAUAGGUGUGGAUGAGUGUGGAUUGUGUGCGAUUUAAAUAAUAAAUUAGGGUCUUAUUUUUAACAAAUUUCCCAGUAAUGAGAUGUUCAGAAUUUUUUUGUAAUGAGUAGUAAAAAUCUUUUAUAUUACUAUUUUUAUGUGCGUACUGGUAAUUUAUUUAUUUUUUCCACGAUCAAAUAUGAGCGUACGAGUGUAAAUUAUUGUACACUUGUAUUUGACUUGUUAAGUUGUAAAUUUUUCAAAUAAAGCCUUGGAAAAUCUUAAA